AUGCUUGCAUCCUCAGCGAGAAAUUCAACAAAACUCUUCAACACUAGAGCUUCUCUUUCUGGAAUCUACCGUUACAGAGCCUCUAUGGCCUGUGCUGCCAUCCACACUACACAUAAAUCAAAGAGCGCUGUAGCUUCACCUACUGUCUCUCACUCAGAUCGUUCUGCUGUUUCUACUGAAAAAAAGCUCAACAGUGUUCAACCCCUCUCUAAAAAGCCUGCAACUGUUGAAAUGGAUAAUUCAUUCGUUGGCAUGUCUGGUGGUGAAAUUUUUCAUGAAAUGAUGUUAAGACAUGAUGUGAAGCAUGUCUUUGGUUACCCUGGUGGUGCCAUUCUUCCUGUUUUUGACGCUAUCUAUGAAUCCAAAUACUUUGAUUUCAUUCUUCCUAGACACGAACAAGGCGCUGGACAUAUGGCAGAAGGUUAUGCCAAAGCAACUGGUAAACCUGGUGUUGUCCUCGUGACUUCUGGUCCUGGCGCUACCAAUGUUGUUACCGCCAUGGCCGAUGCUCUCGCUGAUGGUAUUCCUCUUGUUGUCUUUACUGGUCAAGUACCCACUACUGCCAUUGGUACAGAUGCUUUCCAAGAAGCCGAUGUUGUUGGUAUUUCUCGUGGAUGUACUAAAUGGAAUGUGAUGGUCAAGGAUAUUUCUGAACUUCCUCGUCGUAUUAAUGAAGCUUUCACAAUUGCCACCAGUGGACGCCCUGGCCCUGUCCUUGUCGAUCUUCCUAAGGACGUUACUGCCAGCACACUUAGACGCCCUAUUCCUACUACUGCUGUCAUUCCUCAACGCCCCACAACCAUUCCUAACACAGCUAUCGGUGCAUUUACAGAAGAAGCUCGCUCUAAGCCUCACCCUGUCUUGACACGCGCAGCCGAUUUGAUCAACAAUGCUAAGCGACCUGUCAUCUAUGCUGGUCAUGGUGUUUUAGGCCACCCUGAAGGUCCUAAAUUCUUGAGCGCUCUUGCUGAUAACGGUAACAUUCCUAUCACCACAACACUCCAUGGUCUUGGUACAUACAAUGAAUUUGACCCCAAGUCUCUUCAUAUGUUGGGUAUGCACGGUUCUUGUUAUGCCAAUUUGGCUAUGCAACAAGCUGAUCUUAUCAUUGCUCUUGGUGCUCGUUUCGAUGAUCGUGUUACUGGUAGCGUUGCUGCUUUUGCUCCUGAAGCCAUUAAGGCCGGCAAAGAAGGUCGUGGUGGUAUUCUUCACUUUGAAAUCAUGCCCAAGAACAUCAACAAGGUCGUUGAAGCCACUGAAGCCAUUGAAGGUGAUGUUACUGAAAACUUGAAGAAACUUGUGCCUCAUAUUAAGCACGCCCCUCGUAAAGAAUGGCUUGACCAAAUUGCUACUUGGAAGAAGGAUUAUCCUUUCUAUUAUGAAAAGACAACCGAUGAUAACGAAGUCUUGAAGCCUCAACAACUGAUCGAAGAACUCGACCGUCAAACAAGAGAUAUCAAGGAUAAAGUUACUAUCACCACUGGUGUUGGUCAACAUCAAAUGUGGACUGCUCAAUACUACAGAUGGACUUCUCCUCGUUCUUUCAUUACUUCAGGUGGUCUUGGUACUAUGGGUUAUGGUCUCCCUGCUGCCAUUGGUGCCAAGGUUGCUAAGCCUGACCACAUUGUCGUUGAUAUUGAUGGUGAUGCCUCUUUCUCUAUGACUGCCAUGGAAUUGGCUACUGCUGCUGAAUUCAACAUUGGUGUCAAGGUCUUGUUGUUGAACAACUCUUUCCAAGGUAUGGUUAAGCAAUGGCAAGAUCUCUUCUAUAAGGAACGUUACUCUGGCACUGUCAUGAAGAACCCUGACUUUGUCAAGCUCGCUGAAGCAAUGGGUGUCAAGGGUAUUCGUGUGACCAAGGCUUCUGAAGUUGAAGAAAAGAUGAAGGAGUUCUUGGCUCAUGAUGGUCCUGUCAUCAUGGACGCUGUUGUUUGCAAGAAGGAAGUUCUCUUCCCUAUGGUUCCUGCUGGUAAACCCUUAAAUGACUUUAUGGUUCAUCCUCAUAUUGCUGCUCGCAACAAGAAGAACUAA